AUGAUGUCGGAGAUUCACGAUUUCGAUCCCAGCAUUCCCCAGCCGGAAGUCGAACGACUGUUCCGCAAGCUCAAGGACACCCGAAUCCCUGACAAGCCAGUAGUUCCAGACGCCGGCGAUGAGUACGGGCCUCCGCUGGAAUGGGUGCACAAGCUGUACAACUACUGGAGCAAUGACUUCGACUGGGCCGCGGCACAGAAGAAGAUCUCGUCCUGGAAGCACCACACCACCGAGAUCGCGGGCAUCAAAGUCCACUUCGUGCACCAGCCCGCGAAGCGCAACGCCGACAAGGCCAUCCCGCUUCUGCUCGUGCACGGCUGGCCGGGCAGCUGGUUCGAGUUCUCGCGCUGCAUCGACGCGCUGAGCAACCCGGAAGACGAGGAGGAGCAGGCGUUCGACGUCGUCGUGGCGUCGAUUCCGGGCUUCACCUGGUCGUCUGCCCCGCCUCACGACUGGACUCUUCAAGAUACGGCAAGAAUCUUCGACACGGUCAUGCUGCGGCUGGGCUACAAGCAUUACGCGGCUCAUGGCGGCGACUGGGGCCAUUGGAUCGUGCGCGAGCUGGGCACCCACUACAACUAUCGCUGCAAGGCAAUCCACACCAACAUGUGUCCCUCGCAGCCGCCUGUCCCAGAGGAGGAAUGGACUGAUCGGGAGAAGAAGGCCCAGGAAAUGACAAACUGGUGGCUGGGAAAGCCGGGCCAUGAGGCGCACAUGGGAUACGCGAUCGAGAUGCGCACGCGGCCCCAGACGAUCGGUAUCGCGCUUUCUGACAACCCAGUCGGCAUCAUGAUGUGGGUGGGCGAGAAGUACUACGAGCUUGUCGACCCGAAGUACCGAUCUCUGGACGACAAGGACUUUCUAGAUGAUCUUUGCACCACUCUGUCCCUGUACUUCUUCACGAGCCCCAGCAUCAUGACGAGUGCCCUCUGCUACACCAACAACGUGCGCCACGAGGACUACGUCGGUUUCAACACGCAGCAUGGAAAUCAGAUCAAGGCGCCGUUUGGGUUCUCGAGUUUCCGGUACGACAUCACGCCCGUGUCGCAGCGAUCUGCUGCCACGACUGGUAAUUGCCAGUGGUUCAGGGAGUAUGAUCAGGGAGGUCAUUUUGCGGCGUUGGAGAUGCCAAAGGAGCUGGUUCGCGAUAUGAGAGAGUGCCUCGCCCAGCUGUAUGCUCAUCAUUAA